GAUGGGACGCAGGUGGAGAAGUGUUUUUACUGUUGUAUAUAUACCUAUAUUGUACAGCCCCGUUCUACUGUCACCUGUAAGGAGAGAGAAACAGAGACAACCAUGGCGGACCUUGUCUCAAAGGCUGCGAUCAAGGAUUACCUAGCAGAAUGCCCAAUAUGUGCAGAACACUUUGACGAGGAAAGACGAAUCCCUCGUCGUAUACCGUGCACCCAGUCCAUAUGUCAGCCUUGUCUAGAAAAAUGCAGUAGAGGCAAUACUGUCUUAGACUGCCCCAUGUGUCGAGAUCGGCAUUACCUGCCUCCUGGUGGAGUGAAAUCCCUGCCCAAAGAGACGGUCAUCCUGAAGACUCUGGACUACCUAAAGAUCCAGAAAGGUCUUCAUCUGCCAUGUACAGACUGUCCUGACAAGGAAACAGCUCAAGCCCAGUGUGACAACUGUGGAACAUUUUUAUGUCCGAACUGCGUACAUGCUCAUAAACGAAAUAGUGUAACUAAAGAUCACACUGUAAACAGCUUUGAUCAGAUGAAGGGGCAACCUGUGCAGAGCGUCCGUCGUCCACAUCAGUGUGGUCAGCACCAACUGCCACUACAGUUCUACUGCUGCAAUUGUAACCAAGUUAUAUGUGUGUCAUGUACUGUAGUAGAACACAAAGGACAUAGCAUCGUGUCCGUGGAUGCUGCACACCAUGAAAAGUUAAAUUCGACAAAGGACAUGUUAGUCAAGGUGGAGGAAAGGACAAAGAAUCUUCGCCAAUUGGUGUCAAACCUGCAAUCGAAGAUAAACAACUUCAAACUCUCACAGAAAGUAGCGAGAGAUGAUAUCAACAGAGUCUUUGAAGAUCUGUUUGAUGAUCUGAGACACAAAAGAACGACCCUUCUGUCAGAUGUUGAUGAGAAAUCCGCUAAGAAUCUAAAGCUUAUCGAGGAGGCCUUGCAUGCAACAAAAUUACAACUGACUAAUAUACAGACUUGUAUUGACUACUCGAACCAGGUGCGCACCAAAGCUGACAAGGUAGAAGAUCUACAAAUAUUGGUAUCAUCUGAGGCCUCUUUGAACUCUAUGUUGAAAAAGUCAGUAGAGGAAAUACCCUUUGACAGGACUGGAGUUACCUUUGUAAAAGCAAAUGUGAAACAUCUUCGGGAUAGUAUGAAGGUGGCUGGAAUGGUCAGAACAGUCACGUUCUAUCCAACAGACAAGUCACAUGGUGUGCAGGAUUCUGCAGCAUACACCGCCAUUGUGCAGGAACCAGCAGAGGUACCUGCAGUGACAGAGAUGGACUGGAGGAUGCCUGACACCGAGAUAACAAGUCCGAGUCUGGAAUGGGACCCAAGCACUGCCAAAAGCAUCAUUGGGGUAUCUGAAAGUGUCAUCACAAACACCCCGCCAAGUGCCCAGUUACCUCUUACAGAAUGUCGGAUACGGAAUGCCAGAUCGUGUCUGGCGUCCAGACCAUUGAUGGUCAGCCGUGGUCAACGUUGCUUGUAUGGAGUAAACUUGGGGUUUUCUAUAAAACAAUUGACAGAUGGGCUUAAGCUUAUACAGGAGAUAGCCCUGACCCCUUCCCCUGAAGAUGCUGUUCGGAAUCAAAACAUUGGACUGAGUGUGUUUGUUUUAACAUGCAUCAAGCACAAACAGAAACUGUGUCUCCAGGUAAAUUAUAACAAGAAACGUUUAAACCACCUUCCAGUCACUCUGAACAGAGUCGGAGAGUCUUAUGACCUUCAGCUGUUGUUUCUACUUGAUGGAGCUAAUGACAAGAUCUUAGUUAUCAAUGCUGCUGAUAACACAGUGUAUAGCACUGUUACAGACGUAGAGUUUGACAAACCUAUGUGGGUCAUGAUGUAUGUUUGUGAUCCCACAACAGCAGAAGUGAGAGGAGAGCUGAUAUCAGGCCACAAAGUCAAAGGGACAUUUGCCAACUACAAUCUGCAGUGUCUGGUUACGGCUGAAAAUACCUCUCUUCCCUCCCCUCCCCCACCACCACCAAAAAAUAUAUAACACGUAUACUGAGACACUUUGAAAACGCAUAGCCCAGUUUGAUAUAAAAAACACAAUAAAACAAGACACGGGAUGAAA